AGAUCAUGCUAAGGGCAGCUAACCGACCAAUUGAUAACUGACAACAACCCAGGACCUGUACGGCUUGUCAAGAUACUGUGAAGCUAACCGCGGUGGCCUACUAAAGCGUGACGGUACCCGCUGUAGAUUGUGUUUAGUGUCCUCUCCAGCCGCUCAGAUGUAGAGAAGUGUGCUCUGUUGACAUCCGUGACGAGCACGGAUGUGUGUUGUGUCACUAGCUCCGGCGCGUUGACUUACUAGCUAGCGUUACUUUUUCGCGGAAGUUUCCCUCUCUGGUAUGCAUUCGAGCCCUUAGCUCGCUCUCACUCGGCGUUGAGCCGGACUUCACCCUUUAGUAUUUGGUUGCCAUGAAGCUGCAGUGUGAUGUCGAGGUGGUGAAUCGGAUGCUUCCCUCGUUUGGGAUGAAAAGUCGAGGGAAAGGGACGAGAGCGGUGCUCUCCAUCGGGAAGCAUUUGGACAAGACGAGUCAGCGCAGCAACGUUUACAUGAUGAUCUGCACAGCCAAAGACAGAGCAGGCUCAAAGUACAAGCUAAAAGACAACAUAGAGAAGUUCUUCACUUGGUUUGUGGAGGAAGGCAAGGCCACUGUAAGAUUAAAGGAACCCGCUGUUGACAUUUGUUUGAGCAAGGCCGAUGCCAACAGCUUAAAGAACUUCUUGUCAGCCGCUCGCUUGGCAGAUAGAGGAAGUGACACGAGCAGCCUUCCCCUCUCCACGCUCACUCCUGUUCGCGCCAGGGACGUAGAGCAACCCAAGAAGAAGCUCACCAUUGUGUCCAAGAAGGACUACCCCCUCACCUCCAGCUUCCCCUACUCUCUGGAGCAGCUGCAGGUCUCCUACUGCAAACUGUCUCGGGUGGACAUGCGGAUGCUGUCCCUUAAAGCUCUCUGCAAGCUAGACCUCAGCAACAACCACAUCAAGAAACUCCCUGCCACCAUCGGUGACCUCAGCUGCCUCUCUGAGCUCGUCCUCCACAACAACCACCUGGAAGCCUUCAGCACGGCCCUCUGCCUGUCCACCCUGCAGCGGACCCUCCAGCUCCUCGACCUCAGUCAGAACCGCCUGCAGUCCCUCCCAGCUCAGUUCUGCCAGCUCAGAGAACUAGUGAACCUCAAACUGGACGACAAUGAGCUUGUCUGUUUGCCAUUCCACGUCGGCCGACUCUCAAAGCUGAGGUUCUUGUCAGCAGCGCAUAACCAGCUGGCUGUGUUGCCCAGUGACUUCCGCAAGCUGAGUCUGGAGAACCUGGACCUGUUUGGAAAUCCGUUUAUCCAACCUAACCCUCUGGACCACACAAUGAAACUCACAUUCCCCCUUCCACUUCAAGAGAUGGCUUCCAGAGCUGUGGCCAACCUCAGGAUACCAUACGGACCUCACCUUAUCCCCGCCCACUUGUGUCGGGACCUCGAAGUAGCCAAGACCUGCGACUGCGGCCGCAUCUGCAUCAACUUCUACAUCAAGACGGCGGUCAGCAUGAAUCUGCACCAAGUCUCUCACACGGUGGUCCUGGUGGACGACAUGGGCGGCACAGAUGCUCCGGUGCAGCAGCACUUCUGCUCCCUCUCUUGCUACUCCGAAUUUUUAGACAGCUCCCUCCAGAGAGGAAUCAGAUGAGGAUGACGGAACUCUUUUGUUUGACGGGAAACACCGGCAGCUGGACAUUGUGUGGAUUUUGCAAUAGAUUGCAAGUUGUGAGAUACAGUAGGAGGGUAUCGGAUGAGACGAGAGGAAUCAACAGUAGCAAACAGCCCAGUGGUGCAAUUUUCUGCUAAUGCUCUAAAAUGAAAGGAGAGUAUUGACACUGUUAGGCUCUGUUUUUAAAAGUGCUUCAAGCUGCCUCUUUUACACUUGCAUUCAACUUAUAAUGCACUUCCCACACAUCAAAAAACGUCUAAGAGAUGAGCUUAGAUAUCUUUUUGGACCUGCUCCAAUGUAACCGAGUGACACUGACUUUAUAUAACUCACAGCAGUACUGACACAGAAGUUUCUGUGCCGCUGCUAAGUGUCACACAUAGUCUUUUCUGCUCUUUCUGUCUCUUAAAUCAGACUGCAGGUUCCCCCUCUGACCUACUUCUGCUCAGCAGGGGAAUAAAGAAACUAGAUAAAUUGGAGUUUUUUUCCCCAAACACAGUGCCUCAGGGUCCAUGAGUUAAAGGGAGUUGGUUUUUACUGCGCUAAUGACCCACAACUUUUAUAUAUAUGUGAAAAAUUCAAUAAAAUAAAAGUAUGAAUUAUGUUGUCCUAAGUAGGUUAUUGUGGGAGGCUGAAA